GUGAUGGCGGUGAGUUGAUUAUACAGAAGUCGUUACAACCAAAGAUAUCAAAGUCACGUCCAUCAGCGAUCACCAUGCCCCCGAUGCCAUCUUUAACACCAAAAAUGCCUCCCCAAAUACCAUCCAUGUUGCCCCCUCAGAUGACAGCCUCCCAAAUGGCAGAUCGAAUGUCUAUACUUCGGAAUCAGGCGAUGAUGCAACAGCCAGAACAGGUGCCAAAGCGUCUUGAAGAUCUGACUCCUUAUCCGUCGUCCAACGCGAUGGAAAAGAGAAUGCGUUUGAUGUCGACAUUCCGGAAGUCUCCUCUCGCCAAGUUCGGCAAUUCCAUGGCUCAGUGGGCACCCCGUGCUAUGUAUCUUCGGGAAAUGCAGAUGGGAUUGCAAGCUGCAAAAAGAGCAAUUCAGCAAAGAGCUAUGAUGAUGAGGAAUCUAAACAGACAAAUGGUUAUGAGAAGGCGAUUGACUUUCUCGCCACCGGACAUCUUUAGAAAGAUCAUAAUCCCCAAAGGCCUUAAAUUGCUACAUAUCAUCAGAACAUUGAAACCAAAAAUGGAGAAUACACAAAGACCAAAACUAUUGAUCACCAAGAAGGUUGCAUCAAGCACCGAAGCACCUAAAGAAUUUCCUCAAAUCCCUAAACAGGAAGUUGGAUUGCCACAGACGAGCCCAGUAAUGGGACGACUUCCGCCGGAUAUGUUCCUUCGAGGAUUCCUUCCUAGUGUGAUGUCGCCCCGAGGGGACGGGCCUACGCCCAUUCCGGACAUCUCGGCUAGUGAACUCCGUCCUAAACCUAACCUGGACGUGGUUCGCUUCCCAACCUUACCUAGGUUCCCGAUAGACAUGCCGCCAGUCCAAGUACAACCUGGACCCAACUCACCACUCCAUACCCAACCACCAUCACAGUCAUGCUUCGCUGAGUACGUGAAAAUUGUGAAGCAAUGUCUGAAGAACGCUAAUGUAGAGCUUCCGGCUGCGCAGAACUUCCUUCCCGGAAAAUCCAGCUACGACCAAGGGGGUGUCUGCGACAAGAAGCAAAUGAUAACCGAGUGUAUCGUCGGUAAUAUCCGUCCUUGUUCAAGUCUAGCCGAGCAGGCCCUGGUCAGGCGCACAUUGGCCGAAACCUUAGCCGAGAUGAACCGGGACUGUCGCCUCCAUGAACUCGAGUCCAUUGAAAGCCGUCUUGUGGGGGAGAUACAGCCAGGCCCCGAUGCUGUACAUCAUAAACUGGAACUCCUUGAGCCCCUCCCACAACCUACACCUGCUGAUGACGUCACACCAACCACCCCUAAACCCGAGCCAACCACCGAGGAACCCAAACAGAACGUUGAUAAUGAUGAUCACACCCGAUCCGAGGCUGAGGAAACUGCCGUUUCUAAUGACAAUGAUGACGCCAGAGGUCACAUGGACCCGAACGCUCUCCACCAUACACAUGACAUACACGUGGAAGAACUCGCACCUGAAUAUUACCUCCCCUUACUGAUAGGAACUGCUAUCGGUCUAGCUUCCGUCAUCCUUCUGCUCAGCGCCCUCUUAUGCAUCUGCUGCAGACGAAGAAUUAAGAAAAAGAUUUAUAUUGAGCGACAACCGGAGAAACCAAAGCUGCUGGAUGGAGUCUACACCAUUGGAGUUCCUCCACCCGUGUAUGAGGUAACACACGGCAUCCCUCACAUCUCGUACGAGGAAGCUAAGGGCGAAAAAAUAACCGGAAGUCCAUCUUCUCUCAGACGUCACAAUAUCGAAAACGAGGCGUACGAACGGGUCGAAGGAGCAAACACGAAGGGUGUGGUAUCCGACAUCUAGAAGUGUUGCUGUCUUGACUUUUUACUUAAUGUACAUCUUUGUAUAAGGGGAUGCUGUCGACCCUUUGUCCACAAAAACGUGACGUUAUUUUCUAUGCAAUAUACAGAUAAACAGCACGUGACUCCAUGACGUCACCGCAAUGUGUGUUAUACGUCCCAGGACGUUGAAGGUAGGAGAAUAGUAUUUUUAUAAGCUGUUAACAGCGUCGUCACUAGUGUUUUACUGUAGAACUUAUUCUACUCUUAUGUUUGUAUAUGCCUCCGACUACAUCUGAGUAAAACUUGACGAAAAAAC